AUGAUGCCCCAGAAGAAGAAGAGGAGAAAGAAAGACAUCGACUUCCUAGCCCUGUACGAGCAGGAGCUGCUGAACUACGCCUCGGAAGACGAUGAGGAGGAGCUGGAGCACGAGUACUACAAGGCCAAAGUGUAUGAGGUGGUCACAGCCACAGGGGACGUUCGUGGUGCAGGAACAGACGCCAAUGUCUUCAUCACCAUUUUUGGAGAGAACGGGCUCUCUCCCAAGCUCCAUCUCACCAGCAAGAGUGAAUCUGCCUUUGAGAAAGCCAACGUCGAUGUGUUCCGGUUGAGAACCAACAACGUGGGCCUCAUCUACAAAAUCAGGAUCGAGCAUGACAACACAGGCUUGAACGCCAGCUGGUACCUGGACCGUGUCAUUGUGACCGACAUGAAGCGGCCUCACCUCCGUUACUACUUCAACUGCAACAACUGGCUGAGCAAGGUGGAAGGUGACCGCCAGUGGUGCCGGGACCUGCUGGCCAGCUUCAACCCCAUGGACAUGCCCAGAGGUAACAAGUAUGAAGUCAAGGUGUACACUGGUGAUGUCAUUGGUGCAGGGACUGAUGCCGACGUCUUCAUCAAUAUCUUUGGAGAGUAUGGAGACACAGGGGAGCGUAGGCUGGAGAAUGAAAAGAACAACUUUGAAAAGGGAGCUGAAGACAAGUUCAUGCUGGAUGCCCCCGAUUUGGGGCAGCUGAUGAAGAUCAAUGUUGGCCACAACAACAAGGGCAGUUCUGCAGGUUGGUUCCUGUCCAAGAUUGUCAUUGAAGAUAUUGGGAACAAAAGAAAAUAUGACUUCCCUCUUAACCGCUGGCUGGCCUUGGAUGAAGAUGAUGGCAAAAUCCAAAGGGACAUCUUAGUGGGUGGAGCUGAGACCACAGCUAUCUCAUACAUUGUCACCGUCUUCACUGGGGAUGUCCGUGGGGCUGGAACCAAAUCCAAGAUCUACUUGGUCAUGUACGGGGCCAGAGGGAACAAGAACAGUGGGAAAAUCUUCCUGGAGGGCGGCGUGUUUGACUGUGGCCGCACAGACAUCUUCCACAUCGAGCUGGCUGUCCUCCUCAGCCCCCUGAGUCGGGUCUCCAUCGGACACGGCAACGUGGGCGUCAACAGAGGCUGGUACUGUGAGAAGGUGGUGAUUCUGUGCCCCUUCACCGGCAUCCAGCAGACCUUUCUCUGCAGCAACUGGCUGGACGAGAAGAAGGCGGAUGGGCUGAUUGAGAGGCAGCUCUACGAGAUGGUGUCUCUCAGGAAGAAGAGGCUGAAAAAAUUCCCUUGGUCCCUGUGGGUCUGGACGACUGACUUGAAGAAAGCUGGCACCAACUCUCCUAUCUUCAUCCAGAUUUACGGGCAGAAAGGGCGGACGGAUGAGAUUCUCCUGAACCCCGACAACAAGUGGUUCAAACCAGGCGUAAUCAACAAGUUUAGGAUUGAGCUCCCAGAUCUCGGCAGGUUUUAUAAGAUUCGGGCAUGGCAUGAUAAAAGGAAUCCUGGUUCUGGAUGGCAUUUAGAAAGGAUGACCCUGAUGAACACUCUGACCAAGGACAAGUACAACUUCAACUGCAAUCGCUGGCUGGAUGCCAACGAGGAUGACAAUGAGAUCGUGAGGGAAAUGACUGCAGAGGGCCCAACAGUGAGGAGGAUAAUGGGCAUGGCCCGGUACCGCGUGACUGUGUGCACAGGGGAGCUCGAAGGUGCGGGAACUGAUGCCAAUGUCUAUCUCUGCCUUUUUGGUGACGUGGGGGACACGGGGGAGCGGCUGCUCUACAACUGCAGGAAUAACACCGACUUGUUUGAGAAGGGCAAUGCCGACGAGUUCACCAUUGAGUCCGUCACCAUGCGGAAGGUGAGGCGGGUGAGGAUCAGACAUGACGGCAAAGGCGCGGGCAGCGGCUGGUUCCUGGAGCGAGUGCUGGUGAGAGAGGAGGGACAGCCCGAGAGCGACAACGUGGAGUUCCCGUGUCUCAGGUGGCUGGACAAGGAUAAAGACGAUGGGCAGUUGGUCCGAGAGUUGCUGCCCAGUGACAGCAAUGCGACACUGAAGAACUUUCGCUAUCACAUCAGCUUGAAGACUGGGGACGUCUCUGGGGCCAGCACGGAUUCCAGAGUCUACAUCAAGCUCUAUGGGGAUAAAUCUGACACCAUCAAGCAAAUUCUUCUUGUCUCUGACAAUAACCUGAAAGACUAUUUUGAACGUGGCCGGGUGGAUGAGUUCACCCUCGAGACCCUGAACAUUGGAACUAUCAACCGGCUGGUGAUCGGGCACGACAGCACGGGCAUGCACGCCAGUUGGUUCCUGGGCAGUGUCCAGAUCCGAGUGCCCCGCCAAGGCAAGCAGUACACCUUCCCUGCCAACCGCUGGCUGGACAAGAACCAGGCCGAUGGGCGCCUGGAGGUGGAGUUGUAUCCCAGCGAGGUCGUGGAGAUCCAGAAAUUGGUCCACUACGAGGUUGAGAUCUGGACGGGGGAUGUGGGCGGUGCAGGCACCACUGCCAGAGUCUACAUGCAGAUCUACGGUGAGGAAGGCAAGACAGAAGUGCUCUUCCUCUCCAGCCGCUCAAAAGUUUUUGACCGGGCCUCCAAGGACACGUUCCAGCUGGAGGCGGCAGAUGUGGGUGAGAUCUUCAAGAUUCGGCUUGGGCACACGGGCGAAGGCUUCGGGCCCAGCUGGUUCGUGGACACGGUGUGGCUGCGGCACCUGGUGGUGCGGGAGGCGGACCUCACGCCGGAGGAGGAGGCCCGGAGGAAGAAGGAGAAAGACAAACUGCGGCAGCUGCUCAAGAAGGAGCGGCUGAAGGCCAAGCUGCAGAGGAAGAAGAAGAAGAAGAAGAAAGGCAGUGACGAGGAGGACGAAGGGGAGGAGGAGGAGGAGUCCUCUUCGGAAGAGUCCUCGUCCGAAGAGGAGGAGGAGGAAACGGAGGAGGAGGAGGAGGAAGAGGAGGAGUUCGGGCCGGGGAUGCAGGAGGUGAUUGAGGAGUACAAGUUCGAAGCCCACCGCUGGCUGGCCCGGGGCAAGGAGGACAAUGAACUUGUUGUGGAGCUGGUGCCGGCCGGCCAGCCGGGUCCUGAGCCCAACACCUAUGAGGUCCAAGUGAUCACAGGGAAUGUGCCCAAGGCCGGCACUGAUGCCAAUGUCUACCUGACCAUCUAUGGCGAGGAGUACGGGGACACGGGCGAGCGGCCUCUGAAGAAGUCGGACAAGUCCAACAAGUUUGAGCAGGGGCAGACAGACACCUUCACCAUCUACGCCAUUGACCUGGGGGCCCUGACCAAGAUUCGGAUUCGCCACGACAACUCGGGCAACAGACCAGGCUGGUUCCUGGAUAGGAUAGACAUCACCGACAUGAACAAUGAGAUCACGUACUACUUUCCGUGCCAACGCUGGCUGGCGGUGGAGGAGGAUGAUGGCCAGCUAUCCAGGGAGCUGUUGCCAGUGGAUGAGUCCUAUGUGCUGCCACCGAGCGAGGACGAGGAGGGUGGGGGAGGUGGUGACAGCAAGCCCCUCGACAGCCUGGCCCUGGAGCAGAAAGAUAAAUCUACCACAUUCUCGGUGACCAUAAAGACCGGGGACAAGAAGAAUGCGGGCACAGAUGCCAACGUCUUCAUCACACUCUUUGGCACGCAAGAUGACACUGGAAUGACCCUCCUGAAAUCCUCCAAGACCAAUAGCGACAAGUUUGAGAGGGACAGCAUCGAAAUCUUCACAGUGGAGACCCUGGACCUGGGAGAUCUGUGGAAAGUCAGGAUCGGCCAUGACAACACAGGCAAGGCUCCAGGCUGGUUUGUAGACUGGGUAGAGGUGGACGCCCCAUCUCUUGGAAAGUGCAUGACGUUCCCCUGUGGCCGCUGGCUGGCCAGGAAUGAAGAUGACGGGGCCAUCGUCAGGGACCUCUUCCAUGCGGAGCUUCAGACGAGACUGUACACGCCAUUUGUCCCUUACGAGAUCAUCCUCUACACCAGUGAUGUCUUUGCUGCUGGUACAGACGCCAACAUCUUCAUCGUCAUCUACGGCUGCGAUGCCGUGUGCACCCAGCAGAAGUACCUGUGCACCAACAAGAGGGAGCAGAAGCUGUUCUUUGAGAGGAAGUCCGCCUCCCGCUUCAUUAUGGAGUUAGAAGACGUGGGAGAAGUUAUUGAAAAAAUUCGGAUUGGCCACGAUAAUACAGGCGUAAAUCCUGGGUGGCACUGCUCCCACGUGGACAUCCGCAGGCUCCUCCCAGAUAAAGACGGCACAGAGACCUUGACUUUCCCUUGUGACCGAUGGCUUGCCACCUCGGAGGAUGACAAGAAGACCAUUCGAGAACUGGUCCCUUAUGACAUCUUCACUGAGAAAUACAUGAAAGAUGGGUCGUUAAGGCAAGUCUACAAGGAAGUGGAGGAGCCUCUGGACAUUGUGCUGUACUCCGUGCAGAUCUUCACAGGAAACGUUCCCGGAGCAGGGACGGACGCCAGGGUCUACAUCACCAUCUAUGGAGACCUGGGGGACACUGGGGAGCGGUACCUCGGCAAGUCAGAGAACCGCACCAACAAGUUCGAGAAGGGAACGGCCGACACCUUCAUCAUCGAGGCCGCUGACCUGGGCGUCAUCUACAAGAUCAAGCUCCGCCAUGACAACACCAAAUGGUGUGCAGACUGGUAUGUGGAGAAGGUGGAGAUCUGGAACGACACCAACGAGGACGAGUUCCUGUUCCUGUGUGGACGCUGGCUGUCCCUGAAGAAGGAGGAUGGGCGGCUCGAGAGGCUCUUUUAUGAGAAGGAGUACACUGGGGACCGGAGCAGCAACUGCAGCAGCCCUGCUGACUUCUGGGAGAUCACCCUGAGCUCCAAGAUGGCCGACAUCGACAUCGCCACAGUGACGGGGCCCAUGGCUGACUACGUUCAGGAGGGCCCAGUUAUUCCCUACUAUGUGUCGGUGACCACCGGGACACACAAGGACGCCGCCACCGACAGCCGGGCCUUCAUCCUACUCAUCGGGGAGGACGACGAGCGGAGUAACCGCAUCUGGCUGGACUACCCCCGGGGGAAGAGGGGCUUCAGCUGCGGCUCUGUGGAGGAGUUCUACGUCGCAGGCUUGGAUGUGGGCGUCAUCAAGAAAAUAGAGCUGGGCCAUGACGGGGCCUCUCCGGAGAGCUGCUGGCUGGUGGAGGAGCUGUGUCUGGCCGUGCCCACCCAGGGCAUGAAGUACAUACUGCGCUGCAACUGCUGGCUUGCCAAGGACCGAGGCGAUGGCGUCACCUCCCGUGUUUUUGACCUCCUGGAUGCCAUGGUGGUGAACAUCGGGGUGAAGGUGCUCUACGAAAUGACGGUGUGGACGGGCGACGUGGUCGGCGGUGGCACCGACUCCAACAUCUUUAUGACCCUCUAUGGCAUCAACGGCAGCACGGAGGAAGUGCAGCUGGACAAAAAGAAGGCCAGAUUUGAGCGAGAGCAGAACGACACCUUCAUCAUGGAGAUCCUGGACAUUGCUCCAUUCACCAAGAUGCGGAUCCGAAUUGACGGCCUGGGCAGCCGGCCCGAGUGGUUCCUGGAGAGGAUCCUCCUGAAGAACAUGAAUACUGGAGACCUGACCAUGUUCUACUAUGGAGACUGGCUGUCCCAGCGGAAGGGCAAGAAGACCCUAGUGUGUGAAAUGUGCGCCGUCAUCGAUGGGGAGGAGAUGAUGGAGUGGACUUCCUACACUGUCUCAGUUAAGACCAGUGACAUCCUGGGAGCAGGCACCGAUGCCAACGUGUUCAUCAUCAUCUUUGGGGAGAAUGGGGACAGCGGGACCCUGGCCCUGAAGCAGUCGGCCAACUGGAACAAGUUUGAGCGGAACAACACAGACACGUUCAACUUCUCCGACAUGCUGAGCCUGGGCCACCUCUGCAAGCUGAGGGUCUGGCACGACAACAAAGGGAUAUUUCCUGGCUGGCACCUGAGCUAUGUCGACGUGAAGGACAACUCCCGCGAUGAGACCUUCCGCUUCCAAUGUGACUGCUGGCUCUCCAAGAGUGAGGGCGACAGACAGACGGUCCGUGACUUUGCCUGUGCCAACAAUGAGAUCCAGGAUGAGCUGGAGGAGACCACCUACGAGAUCGUCAUAGAAACAGGCAACGGAGGCGAAACCAGGGAGAAUGUCUGGCUCAUCCUGGAGGGCAGGAAGAACCGAUCCAAAGAGUUUCUCGUGGAAAAUUCUUCCAGGCAGCGGGCCUUUAGGAAGGGAACCACAGACACAUUUGAGUUUGACAGUGUCUACCUGGGGGACAUUGCCUCCCUCUGCGUGGGCCAUCUUGCCAGGGAGGACCGGUUCAUCCCCAAGAGAGAGCUUGUCUGGCAUGUCAAGACGAUCACCAUCACUGAGAUGGAGUACGGCAAUGUGUACUUCUUCAACUGCGACUGCCUCAUCCCUCUCAAGAGGAAGAGGAAGUACUUCAAGGUAUUCGAGGUCACCAAGACGACGGAGAGCUUUGCCAGCAAGGUCCAGAGCCUGGUGCCCGUCAAGUAUGAGGUCAUUGUGACGACAGGCUACGAGCCAGGGGCAGGCACUGAUGCCAACGUCUUCAUAACCAUCUUUGGGGCCAAUGGGGACACGGGCAAGCGGGAGCUGAAGCAGAAAAUGCGCAACCUCUUCGAGCGGGGCAGCACCGACCGCUUCUUCCUGGAGACGCUGGAGCUGGGUGAGCUGCGCAAGGUGCGCGUGGAACAUGACAGCAGCGGCUACUACUCCGGCUGGCUGGUGGAGAAGGUGGAGGUCACCAACACCAGCACUGGAGUGGCCACCAUCUUCAACUGUGGCAGGUGGCUGGACAAGAAGCGGGGGGACGGGCUCACCUGGAGAGACCUCUUCCCUUCUGUCUGAGGGCUGGAGGCCCUGACCACACCUUCCUGCCCCCACCUGGGCUGUCAGCAGUCCUUUCUCGAAGCCUCCUGGAGCUGGGACUGGGGGCUAGAAGGGUGGCGUGUGGCGCUGUGGACCAGAACUUCCUGGUCCUUCAGCGUCUACUGUGGGCGACCACUUUCGGGGUCCUGCCCCUACCCGGUCUCCUGGACCCACAGGAAUCCAUCAACAUGUGUCAUAAUUCAUGGCUGCACCAAAGUAGCUUUUUGCAUUUUCUUCUCCAAUUAUAGUGGUGACCAGGCUGAGACACGCUGCCGGGUGUGGACGGGAAAUUGGGGCUUCACCCAGGGGAUAGAAGUGGGGAAGAAGAGGCCAUCAUGAUGGUGUAUUUUAAGCAAAAACUAAUUAACACUUUUUUCCCAAAAAAGCUGGGCUAAUUAAAUUAUUACCAACCACACUCCACAAAGAACUCAUCUUGGCAUCUGCUCACUAAGAAAUGCAUCCUUUUUUUCCCAUUUUCAAUAAAUCCAGUGGCAAACAGAGAAAACAUCAGGAGGAAGUGUUUUGG